AUGGCUCACCCCAGAAUGGCUCCUAGUAGCAUGGCAGAAUAAAAAAUAUAAAAUUGAUACAAUAGAAAAAACACAUCAUUUUCGUGAACAAUAUCUGGAACCCGAAGAAGAACAUGAAAGUGGAGGAGAUUUAAAUACAAGAAGUCAGGAAGAACUCUCUGAAGAGAAAGAACCUGUACCUCAGUCAGAAUCUCAGAAACCUAGAGAAGAUGAGGACAACAGACCAAAUAUGGAUGACUGUUUUGAAUGUCCAGAAGAUUAUUAUCCACAUAAAAAAAUGAAAGACUGUAUCCUGAAAACAAUGGUAUUUCUAACUUUUGAAGAAACCUUAGGAAUUAGUUUAUCCUCAGCAACUCUUUGUUUCUUCUUCCUGACAUCUUGGGUACUUGGAACAUUUAUUAGGCAGAGGAAUACUCCCAUUGUCAAAGCCAAUAAUAGGUCCCUCACAUACACCCUCCUUGUCUCUCUUCAACUCUGUUUUCUCUCCUCUUUAUUCUUCCUUAGCCAACCUGGAAAAGUAACCUGCCUUCUCCGACAAUCAAUGUUUGGCAUCACUUUCUCAGUGGCCAUUUCUAGUGUACUGGCUAAAACCAUCACUGUAGUUGUUGCUUUCAUGGCCACUAAACCAGGAUCUCAGAUGAGGAAAUGGGUGGGGAAAAGAUUGGCCUUUUCUAUUGUCCUCUUAUGUUCUCUCUUCCAAGUUUGUAUUUGUAUACUUUGGUUGUCAACAUCUCCCCCAUUCCCUGAGUUGGACAUGCACUCAGAGAUUCAAGAAAUGAGUUUACAGUGCAAUGAAGGGUCAGCUUUUUUCUUCUACUGUGUCUUGGGCUACAUGGGUAUCUUGGCUAUCUCUAGCUUUAUUGUUGCUUUCGUUGCCCGUAAAUUACCGGACAGCUUUAAUGAAGCCAAGUUCAUCACCUUCAGCAUGUUGGCCUUCUGCAGCAUAUGGAUGUCCUUCUUUCCAGCCUAUCUGA